AUGGACGACUUCAUUCCUAGGAAUUAUCAAAUUCAAUUGAUGGAAAUUGCACUUCAGCAAAAUACCAUUAUUUAUUUACCGACUGGGUCAGGAAAGACUUUUAUUGCUUUAAUGACAUUAAAGCAAUUAAGUGAACCAUUGGCAAAAAGCUACAGCGAAGGGGGUAAAUUAAGUGUAAUAUUAGUAAAUACUGUAGCUUUGGUGGAUCAGCAUGCUAAAUAUUUUGAAAAUCAUACCUAUUUUAAAGUAGGAAGAUAUUCUGGUGAAUUUAAUUUAGAUUUUUGGCCUAGAGAAAAGUGGUAUGAAGAAUAUAAUAAAUUUAAUGUUAUUAUAAUGACUUCACAAAUUCUAAAGAAUCUAAUUGAAAGUAAUUAUAUUGAUUUGAACAAAAUUAAUUUGCUAAUUUUUGAUGAAUGCCAUCAUGGGGUGUCAAAUCAACCAAUGAGGCAAAUCAUGAUGAAUUUUCAAGGGUUGACAAGUCCACCUAGAGUAUUGGGGCUAACAGCGACUUUAUUGAAUGGAAAUUGUAGUCCGCUUAAAGCUAUGAAUGAAGUUAAAACUUUAGAGACCACUUAUCAUGCCAAAGUUGCCACCGUUAAUGGCCUAGAAGUUAUAGUGGGAUACUCAACAAACCCUAAAGAAUUGAUACAUUACUUUGAUAAACAUAUGUGUUCCUCCAUAGAAAUGGAAGCUAUAACAGAAUUGCAAAAGGUUGCAAAUGUUUUAUGUAGUAUCAGAUUAAUAAACAAAAAGCCUGACAAAGUAAUGAAUCUACAAAGACUAGACGAAAAUGAGACGGACAUGAAGAAAUUAAAAAAUCUAGUAGAAGACUGUAUAAAGCAAAUACAAAUGUUUGGAAUGUAUGGUGGUUGUAUAGCUACAAUUAGCUACAUAUUCCAAAUUGAACGAAUUAAAAGAACUUGCAUAGAUGCAGAUGUAAUGCAAUUAUUAAAUUAUGUGACCUCCGUACUGAGUUAUAUUAAAAAAAUUUUUGAAAAUAAAAUGAAGGAUGUCGAGGGCAAAGACAAAAUAUUAAAGUACUCUUCUAAUAAAGUAAUAGUACUUAUAUCUGUCUUUGAAGAAUUUAAACUGAAUUCUAAAGAGGAACUUUGUGGAAUAGUCUUUGUGGAGCGACGAUUUACCGCUAAAAUUGUCUGCCACAUAUUAGAACAUUUAGCACUAUUUGAUUCCACUUUCCAAGUUAAAGCAAAUUUUAUGGUGGGAAUGCAGAAUAAUCCCUACAGCAAUAUGAAAGAAAAUCUUUUUAUUGCCAAGAAAAAUAAACAAGUAAUAGAAAGCUUUAUUCACAAAGAAAUUAAUGUUAUCUGUUCUUCAAGUGUUCUUGAAGAAGGAGUAGAUAUUCCAAAAUGCACUUUAGUUAUAAAAUUUGAUAAACCAACGAAUUAUCGAUCUUACAUACAAUCAAAGGGUAGAGCCAGGCAUAAACUUAGUAUGUUCUACACUUUGGUGGAAAAAGAAGAGGGUGCAAAGUAUUUAAGUACCCUAAAGCAAUUUCAGGACGUUGAAAAUAUUUUAAACAAUUAUUUAAUUGGCAAAAACAUGGAAAGACCGCAACCAACUCAACAAGAUCUUAUGGAAAUGUAUAAUGAAAAUCCUUUGCCGCCUUACUACGUAGAUGGUCCAAAUUCUGCUAACGUAAACAUGUUAUCGGCAAUAGCACUUCUUUGUCAGUACUGUCAAAGUUUGCCAACAGAUGGCUAUACCGUGUACGCACCAGAUUGGUAUAUAGAAAAAAAGGAAAAAACACGGGUUCACAUCAUGAUGCCGACAAUUUGUCCUAUUGUAGAACCAAUAGCUGGACAUUGGAUGAGUAACGCUAAAGACGCGAAAAGAGCAGCAGCCCUAAGAGCGUGCAUUUUGUUGCAUCAAUGCGGUGAACUCGAUGAUCAUUUGAUGCCGAAAAAGCAGGAAGUGACCGAGGAAGACGUCUCCUUUCUAUUUACCCAUUAUCCGGCUGUAAAAGAAGCAAACGCUGGCACGAAAAACAAAAGAAGACUCCAUAAAAAACAAGUUCCAAAAUGCCUCCAAGGCGAGCUCAAGUCAAACUCGAUGAAACUGUAUUUGCACAUAAUAAAUCUAUCUCCAGAAUUUUCAAGAAAAGAAGAUAUUAAUCAAUCGACUUUAUAUGACAUGUAUUCUUCCAAUUUGUGCUAUGGCGUGCUGUCACCAAGAGCUUUACCCGUAAUUUGUGACUUUCCCACAUAUGUUUCUCUUGGCACUGUUAACGUUAGCGUAGAAAUAAACAAAGGCUGCGUCGUUUUAACAAAAACGGACCUAGAUGACAUUAAAGAAUUCCAGUACCUAAUAUUUAACGAUGUUCUUGAAGUUUUAAAACCAUUUUUAAUUUUUGACAACAGUCAUGAAAGUCAACUUCUUUUGGUUGUACCUGUAAAUAAACAAUACAGAACAAUAGAUUUUGACGUAUUACGGAAUCAUUUUUCUCUAAAACCAAUGUAUGGUAGUUUAACAUUGGAUGAAAAACUUAAUCUUGAUGUAACCCAAGAAAAUUAUUUAAAAAAAAUUGUCUCUCCAACUUACCGAAGUGGCACUAUGUAUGUGGUAACAGAAGUUUCCUAUAACAGAAAUCCUACAAGCGAUUUUCCAAACUGUUCUUACAGUAAUUUUAUGGAAUAUUACAAAGAUAAGCAUAACAUUUUAGUAUUAAACAAAAACCAGCCACUUCUUUUAGUAAAAGCUCUUUCAAAACGUUUAAAUUUAAUAAAACCUAGAGGUGAAAUGUCCAAGAAAAAAAGAAAGUAUGAAGAAGCUGUAGAGUACUUGAUUCCUGAGCUGCUGAUAAAGCAAGAUAUACCUGGGGAGCUAUGGAUCCAGGCCAGUUUUUUACCAACAAUUCUCACCAGAAUCGUUUUUCUCCUAAAUGUCGAGGAACUUCGCUCCAGGAUCGCUCUAGAAACAAGGCUGGGCCAGGUUCAAGUGCUUGAAUGCAGCCCAUUAAAACUUGAUGAGCACUUGCUUGACUAUGACCCUAACAUUGAAAAGAAAGAAAAUCCUGUAAAAAUAACGAUUCAAGAAAGUACUGGAUUGUCAGAAAACAUAAAUUUUGUUUCAAAAGUGAUUAACAAAGAUUAUUCUGCAAAAAGGACCGAGGCCGAAUAUCCCUGGUCAGAUAUUGAGGAACCAAAGGAUCUUGAUAGGCAACUUAACGUAACUAUUAUGGACAUUGAGUACUAUGAGCAGUUUAUGCAAAAGAAAACGCCAGAUAUUAAUAGCUCAUCACCCAAACAUGUUUACCCAGCACUAACAUACAAUAAGGAUUUUACCGAAGUUAAACUAGGAUGUUUACAAAUUCCUUUUUAUAAUCAAGGCCCAGAUCAAUGUGAUGUAUAUAAAGCUCUUACUGCUAUAAAAGCGAAUGAUAUAGUGAAUUUAGAAAGACUUGAAACUUUGGGAGACUCAUUCCUUAAACUUAUUGCCACUUUGUAUAUAACUUUAAAAUUUCCUGAUUUUAAUGAAGGACAAUCAACCACCCUUAAAAGUAGAAUUGUAAGCAACAAAAAUCUGUAUUAUUUAGCUGUUAAAAAGAAUCUAGGUGGUAUAAUGCAAUACUCCACUUUGGCUCCUAAAGAAGAAUGGUUGCCUCCGUCUUAUUGUGCACCUUCCAAAGUCCAGAAUGAAAUUCUGGAUAAGAAUAUGUCUUAUAGUAGUUUAUUCGAUGUUAAUAUACCCGCCGAGGAACAAAUUACUGGAAUACUGAGCCUCGAUACUGUGAAUGAGAUUAAUAAUCUUGAGACUGUCAAAGAGAAUCCAGAGGAGUUGGAGAGUUGCCUUCAUUCUGUUUGUCAUUUUUUGAAACAUCAAUAUAUAGGAGACAAAAACGUUGCUGAUGCUAUAGAGGCUUUGAUUGGUUUAUACUUUGAAACAUCUGGAUUUACUGGGGCGGUAAAGAUUGUUGAAUGGAUCGGUAUCAUACCAAAGUCCGAGCGCUUAUUGGAUUUAAUAAAGCAACCUUCUAAAUCUCCACUAAUUACUUCAGUAACUGACAUCAGUAGAUUUAACUUCAUGUUACCAGAGUGGGUUAAAAUCGAAAAACAACUAGAUUACACUUUCAAAAACAGAGCUUAUCUUUUACAAGCUCUCACACACGGAUCGUAUUCCUGCAACCGACUUACACGGUCCUAUGAAACCUUGGAAUUUUUGGGCGACGCAGUUUUGGACUUUUUGAUCACCUGCCAUAUUUACGAGUCCUGUGGUUUUUUGAACCCCGGUCAGCUGACGGACCUCAGGUCUGCCCUGGUUAAUAAUAACACAUUCGCUAGCUUUGUAGUACGUCUAGGAAUACAGAAGUCCUUGCUUAUAAUGAACUCUCAGCUCCAAGGUCAGAUUGAUAGGUUUGUCUCCUAUAUGCAGUCCAGAAAUUACGUCAUUGAUGACGAGGUAGUUAUUUUGCUGGACGAGGAUGAUUUGCAUUUGGCUGAAUAUGUAGAUGUUCCGAAGAUUUUGGGUGAUAUAUUUGAAGCUCUUGCAGGUGCCAUUUAUUUGGAUAGCAAUAAAGAUUUAAAUGUUGUUUGGAGAGUUUUCUACAAAAUCAUGUAUAAAGAGAUUGAUAUGUUCAGUAAAAAUGUCCCUAAAAAUGUGAUUAGAAAGCUCUAUGAAACGCAAGGUUUAUACCCUAAAUUCAGCGAUGCGACUCCGGCUACUGGUAACACAACCAUGGUUGCAUUGGAGUAUAUGCUUAAUGGCAGACCAAAGAGAGUUUUUGGUUUUGGCACAAACAAGACUAUGGCCAAAAAAGCAGCGGCAAAAAUAGCUUUAAGAUCUCUGAAUCUGUAA